AUGAAUCCAUUAAAUAAGAUCAUAUUUUUAUCAGCAUUUUUAGCUUCCGGAUUUUUAUUAAUAUUAUUAUCAUGUGCCUUGUAUAACAAUUAUCACACAUUAUGGGUUAUAUUAAUUUUCCUUCUAGCUCCACUUCCAAAUUUAAUAACCAAUUCAAUAGAACUGGCAAGGGAUUACAAUUUCUUAACAUUCAAUGACUAUGGAAAUGGAAACGAUUCGACCCAAUCUCCAUUACAAGAAUUUGGAAAAUAUUUAACAGGAUUCUUAAUUGUUAGUGGGAUUGCAUUACCAUUAACUUUUUUUCAUUGCGGCUUGAUUGAAAUAGGAGCUACAAUUAUGAGUAUAAUCGGUGGUUUAAUUGUCUACAGUGAUAUUAUUAUUUUCAUUUGGUUUUUCAAUAGUGAAGAGGAGGAACAUGAUGAGUUUAAUUUUUAG